GUACAGGCCGGAUUUGAAAUCUCAUCAACUAACCAGCGAAAUGAUGGGUCCAUAGCAUUUAUGAGCUCUGUCUCAACUCUCCGUCCACAACCCUAUAAAUGGACACACCAUUUCUUACCUUUUCUUCAUCCAUCUUUCCACACUAGCUAGCUAGUAAGCUUAUUACAAAAAAUGAGUUCAAAGGCGGUUAUUCUGAUAGGCCUUUCUUUGGCCCUUUUUCUCCUCAUCGCUUCCGAGGUCUCCGCUAGGGAUCUCGCCCAGACUUCAACUCAAAAUGUAGCUGAGAAAGCAAAUGAGGAUCACAAACAUGUGGAUGGCUGGGGAGGCGGCAGCCCAUACGGCGGCGGCGGCCAUUACGGAGGAGGAGGAGGCGGGCCAUACGGCGGCGGCGGGCAUUACGGAGGAGGAGGAGGCGGGCCGUACGGAGGCGACGGUCACGGAGGAGGAGGCGGCGGCCACGGAGGCGGAGGAUGCAGAUACGGAUGCUGUGGCAGAGGCUAUUACGGAUGUCAGAGGUGCUGCGCUUACAAGGGAGAGGCAGUGGAUGCAGCUGUGGCUGGCCAGCCAUAAUUAUACGAAGUAUAUCGUAUUAAUUAACUAAUUAAGUAAAGGUUUUUGAAUAAUUAUUAUAUAAUUAAUCAAAGCUUUUUUAUUAAUUAAUAUGGAUUCAUAUCUAUCUAUAUAUAUGGGCUGGCAUGAUAUGCUGCUAGUUGAGGAGUGUGGUGUGUGGUGUGUGAUGAUUAACUAGCAAGCAGCUAGCUAAGUCCAUAUAUGAAUGGUAUGGGUCCGACCCGGUCCCUAAAUAUGGGCCACCGUACCCUUCUAUCUUCAAUAACGCAGUGAUGUUGUACGUACCUCUCUGCAGUAUAUAUUUGUGAUCAAUAAAAACUACUACUUCUUCCUACCAUUUGACCCCUCUUCAAUGUUUUCUUUGCUUUCCUUCUUCGUGAAUGGUCAUUUAAUCAUUUAAUUAUGUGUAAUAUAAUUAAAUUUAGGUAGGACUUGUUUAGAUAGGUAAAUGACCAUAUAUGUUUGAGUCAUCAAAACACCCGUAUACGUAAACCAUAUACAAAACUCUGCAAAACGCAGCUUUGGGAUGGUGUUCUUACGCUUAUGCCAAAAAAAGCUAAGCGCAUCCAAUAUUUAGAGCUCACGUCUAAA